AUAAUUAUUGUAAGACUGGAUGACAAACGACUACAUUUUGCGGGAAGUAUAUGAAAAAGUGAAAGUUUCAUAAAAGUGAUGUUUUGGUGAAUUAUUCAGCAGCCUGAAAAGCUAAUUAGAUUUUGUGAUUUGUCAGUAUGGGUCCGAAGAGAAAAAGGAAAACCACCGUAAAUCAUGAUACAAAUGGUGUUUGGAAUAAAAUAUCAGACGAAAAAUCUAAAUCAAAGAAAAGAAAACGAGAAAUUGAGAAAGUAGAAGUUAAAACUGGACUUCAUGUAUCUGAGAGAUAUACGUGUUGGCUUAUGAAGUCAGAGCCAGAUACUCGUAUGGAAAAUGGCAUUGAUGUUAAGUUUGGGUUUGAAGAUCUGAAAGCUUGUACAGAUCAGACAUCUUAUUGGGAUGGAGUAAGAAACUAUCAGGCCCGUAAUUUUAUGAGAGAUCAAAUGAAAGUGGGUGAUAAAGUAUUUUUUUAUCACAGUAACACAAAAAUACCAGGCAUUGUUGGAGUAUGUUCGAUUGUAAAAGAAGCUUAUCCAGAUCAUACACAGUUUGAUAAAAAGAGUUCAUAUUAUGAUGCGAAAUCAGAUAAAGAUAAUCCAAGAUGGGUUAUGGUAGAUGUUAAAUAUGAGUAUGAUUUAAAAAGAUAUGUGUCAUUAAAGGAGUUAAAGGAAUUACAUAUCAGUCACAAAGCUAAUGGAGGACCUCUAAGAAAUAUAGCUUUAUUUACAAAAGCUAGACUAUCAGUACAACCUGUUACAGAAGAAGAAUGGGAUUUUAUUUGUAAACUUGCUGAAAAGCCUGUGGAUGCAUGAAACUGGAUUGAAAUAAAAAGAAAAAGUAACUUACCAAGAAAAGUGUGGUGUAGCCUAGCUGGUUUAAUUAUUCUUUCGAAAACUAGUACUAGUAUCCAAUAAUAAUUUACAAACAUGUGAAACCUUUAAAUGAUUUACUUUAAAACUGAAGGAUUCAGUGAAAUGGCUGCCUCUCCAGUAGAGAAUUAUGUAUGGAUUAAAAGACAUGUCCUAUUGGAUUAAAAAUCAAUAAUCCAAUCAAGAAGAGAUUAGUGCGUUGAGUAAUUAAGAUUUUUUUGUUCUACAUUGAUCUGAAUGUAUGUGUCAGACAUUAUACCAUUAUUUUAUAAGUAUAUAAUCCCAUUGUUUAGUUUGUGUAUAUUUUUUGGGAAUAGAACAAUUAAGACCAUUGAUAUGUGUUUGGAGUAAAGUUUCUAUAUUGAACAGGGAUAGUGUUAUUAUGUUAAUUAUCAAUGACUUUAAUUGAGGAUAAUUAAUAAACAACAACAUCAGUUAAAAGCCUUUCAAGAU